AUGAUGUUUGUGAAAUAUUCAAGAAUAGUCAUCGGUCAUCCUUUACCAACUAUUUGCAUUACUUUAACUAUUUCAGUAAUUCUUACAAUUAUCGGACUAUACUAUGGUUAUGAAACUAUAGAUUUUGAUCCAACGAAAGGUUUUGAAACUAGAGGAACUGAAUUAGCUGAUGGAAGAAUUUUUAUGGAAAAUUUGAAGGGCCAACAGGCUAGUAAUUCUAGAAUUAUUAAAUGGUUUUAUGAGUGAGUAAGAUAUUUAGCAAAUUGCAUGAUUUUUCAGAGAUCAAAUCAGAGAAGCAUUGUGUUUUUUCAGACAAAAUCAAAAAACUACAAAUACAAAGAAUAAACGAGAAGUGAAUAAUAACGAAGAAGAUGUAGAUAAUAGCCCAAAUAUCACAGUCAAUUAUGAUGAUUACGGUGUUGAUUAUAACCCAAAUUUUGAAGAUCUCAAUGAUUCUUGUGAAUUUUUCGGAAGUUUCGGAAUUGCAUUACCGUAUGAUGCAAUUGAAUAUAUGUCAAAAAUCAUGAUUAGAUUUGAUUCUUGGGAUAAGGUUGGUGUUCUUGCUCUUUAUAUACUUUUUUUAAACUCUUGUUUUUGUCUAAAGAUAGACACAUACUGUAGAAGUGAAUAGGAUUAGGCGGGAAACACGUCACUAUGAUUUGAACUUGUUUUUUAUGACUCAGAAGAAGAUUAAGGAUGUUAAUGUUUAUGGUUAGGUAAUGUCGAUUGUACUUUUUGUCGCUACAUUUUAUAUCGCUUUCUUUAGAAAAUCUUGAAGAUUAAUCUUUUGAUUGAAAGGAGAAGAAAAAACACACGAGUGUUACAGAAAUACCUUUGGAAAAAAAUAUUUUCAAAUAAAUUUCAAACUAUUUCUGAACAUUUUUGAUCGUUUAUUUGCAUUUUCGUAAUUAUUCAAAUAAUUCAGAAUCUGUAGAAAACAUUCUGCUUUGAUAUCUGCUUUCUAGAAUUUAUUUUGGUUUUCACAAAUUCAAUCCAAUUCAUCCCAGAAGAUUGGUGCUUCAAAAAUGUAA